UUCAUCAGUCGUUCGCGAAAACAAAACUGCUUUGUGUUUACAGUUUGUUGUUUUUAUAAAAUACAUAAAAAAUAACAAACUUGUCUGAUUUCCUGUCAUCUACACAUAAACCUGAUUGAUAUUGCGAUAUUUAAUCAAAUCUUUAAUCAAAUACGAUACGUUAUAUUGAACAAAAAAGAUUGUAGUACUUACAUAUGAGUGGAAUCUAUAUAAAAAGUGCUGUGUUUGUAUUUGUUUGUGUAAGUUGGAUGCACGUAGUCUACUUGAGUUGGAAGUUGUCCCAGUUUUUCGAAACUCCGAAGUGAUGCCUCUUACAGCUGAUGUGGCUGCACAGCAGGUGCAGGAGAGAUUGAGGUCACUGCACAGGCUGAUUUAUGACAUUGAAGCUGAAAGAGGCAGGAAUGAACAGUGUAUUGAGUCAAUUCUGAGAGCUGAGAAAGCUGCAGAAAGCUCACCUUCUACAGAGGAUUCUUCUGGGUCGUCGCAACAGCAAAUGCAGUUGAAGGGUUUGUAUAAGAACGGUCUCAAUGCUGCUGAGCAGGAAGAGAGAGUUUUAAGGGCAGCUUUAGCAAGGAUAUAUGAAAUUCGUGCCAUUAAAAAUGAAAGAAGAAUUCAGGCUCGUCAUGCAGGCAACAAAGAGACAAUAGGUUGCGGUGCACUCAUGAAGAUGUUGCUAAGUGCAGCUCAAACAUUGCCCCUACAUGUGGGGCGAGUUGGGGAAAGAGCCCCGCCACUGUGUGGGGCGGUCCCGGCUGAUGCGGGACACAUAGCGAGACCUGGAGAUGCUGUAGCUGCACUCGUGAGGGUUUCUGAGAAGGAGGAGAAUUGGAUCUUGGCUGAGGUGGUGAGCUGGCUCCCAGCGCAAGGCAAGUACGAAGUGGACGACAUAGAUGAGGAGCAAAAGAACCGUCACGUCCUCAGCAAGCGUCGGGUCGUACCUCUACCCCUGAUGCGAGCCGACCCUCGAACCGACGAACACGCGUUGUUCCCCAAGGGCGCAGUGGUGAUGGCACUGUAUCCGCAGACCACGUGCUUCUAUCGGGCCGUUGUAAAUAGGCUGCCUGCGUCAGCUGCUGAUCCCUAUGAGGUUUUGUUUGAGGACUCCUCCUACGCGGACGGGUACUCGCCUCCCGAGCGCGUGGCGCAGCGCUACGUGAUCGCGAUCAAGGAGGGCAAAGGCCGCGCCACCUGACCCCGCCCCUCCCCCUCCCUCGCCACGCCCUCCAGCUCGCCCUCCUUCCCCUCCCUCCCCUCGCUACGGACUAGUCCAACUGAUUCGGAUUCCAUGCACUAAAUC